AUGACGUCGGCAAAACUGCUCGUCCUGCUCGGGGCGCUCGCCGCCUCCGCGCAGGCGACAGACUACUUCUUCCGGUUCGUGGGCGGCAACGCCGUCACGCACGGGCAGCGGCUGCGGCUCAACAACUCGAUCCCGCUGAUCUCGCCGGGGGUGACGGCGGCGCCGUACAACGACGCGGACCACUUCAGCCGCAUCUCCGUCGUCGAUGCAUCGCCCUCGACGCUCUUCGUAGUGCCGACGAACCCGCACCCGCCGCCGGUGCCGGGUUACUACGGGCUCAGCGGCGCCGAGGGCGUGCCCGACACGUUCCGCCUGCUGCAGUCGUACCACCCCGCCGACGAGCCCGCGCCGUUCCUGUACCAGGCCUGGGAGCUCGUGACAAAGUGCGAUGGUUCUGCGCUGCUGCGCUACGCCAACGACCCCUACGACGAGCGCCGCUGGGUCGCUGUCAAGGAGACGACGCAGGCUGGAGUUGUUCGCUGGGUGCCCUGGUGGAUCAAGCCGACUGCUGAAAACUUUGCUACGCUCGCCGCGUGGGACUUGGAGGUGGCUGACCUCGAACUGGUGGUCGCGACGGGGCCGGUGGCCUCCAACGCGCCGGGCGGAGUGGUGGAGUGA